GUCAAAUGGUGACGCGUUGUGAGCAAGAUAACCGUAAUCAAAUGUGACGAAUUAAAGUAUGAAACUGAACCGUGAAUAAUUUAAGACGAGGGUUCGAAGGGAAGUGCAACGGUUUUAUUGGAGGGGCACGCACGUGAAGGGUUGUAUUAGUCCAAAAAUGAUCGAGCCUGUCAAAGAAUUCUGAUUGCAGUUCCGCACCGCCUACAAGGAGAAACCAUACAAUGUCCUUGAAGCCGAGGGUGGUGGAUUUUGAUGAGACAUGGAACAAACUACUGACGACAAUCAAGGCAGUCGUGAUGCUUGAUUAUGUGGAGAGGGCCACAUGGAAUGACAGGUUCUCUGAUAUAUAUGCCCUCUGUGUGGCAUAUCCAGAGCCACUUGGGGAAAGAUUGUACACAGAGACCAAGGUGUUUCUUGAGAACCAUGUCAGACAACUCUACAAGAAAGUCCUGGAUUCGGAGGAGAAGGUUUUGAUCAUGUACCACAGAUACUGGGAGGAGUACAGCAAGGGGGCUGACUACAUGGACUGCUUGUACAGGUAUCUCAACACUCAGUUCAUCAAGAAGAACAAACUGACGGAGGCAGACUUGCAGUAUGGCUACGGAGGAGCAGACAUGAAUGAGCCCCUCAUGGAGAUCGGAGAGCUGGCGCUGGACAUGUGGCGGAAACUGAUGAUCGAGCCACUGCAGGCGGUCCUUAUCCGGAUGCUUUUAAAUGAAAUCAAAAAUGACCGAUGUGGUGAGGACCCCAACCAGAAGGUGAUCCACGGGGUUAUCAACUCCUUUGUUCAUGUUGAACAAUACAAGAAGAAGUUUCCACUUAAGUUUUAUCAGGAGAUCUUUGAGGGGCCGUUCCUGACGAAAACGGGCGAGUAUUACAAACAGGAGGCAUCCAAUCUACUGCAGGAGUCCAACUGCUCACAGUAUAUGGAAAAGGUCUUGGGACGGUUGAAAGACGAGGAGGUGCGGUGUCGGAAGUACCUCCACCCCAGCUCCUAUGCCAAAGUCCUCCACGAGUGCCAGCAGAGGAUGGUGGCCGACCACCUGCAGUUCCUGCACGGCGAGUGUCAGAACAUCAUCCGGCAGGAGAGGAGAGAAGACAUGGCCAACAAGUACACCCUGUUGCGGGCCGUCGCCAACGGUUUACCUCACAUGAUCCAGGAACUACAGGUCCACAUCCACAACGAGGGCCUCCGGGCAACCAGUAACCUCUCUCAGGAAAAUAUGCCCACCCAGUUUGUGGAGUCCGUUCUGGAGGUUCACAGUAAAUUUGUCCAGCUCAUUAACACAGUUCUGAAUGGAGACCAGCAUUUCAUGAGCGCUCUCGAUAAGGCUCUGACGUCCGUAGUCAACUACAGAGAGCCCAAGUCCAUCUGCAAAGCUCCUGAACUGCUGGCCAAAUACUGUGACAAUCUGCUGAAGAAAUCUGCAAAGGGUAUGACCGAGAACGAGGUGGAAGACAAGCUGACCAGCUUCAUCACGGUCUUCAAGUACAUAGAUGACAAGGAUGUCUUUCAGAAGUUUUACGCCAGAAUGCUAGCGAAACGGUUAAUUCACGGCCUGUCGUUGUCGAUGGAUUCGGAAGAGGCCAUGAUCAACAAACUAAAGCAAGCAUGUGGCUACGAGUUCACCAGCAAACUGCACCGAAUGUACACGGACAUGAGCGUCAGCGCCGACCUCAACAACAAGUUCAACAACUUCAUCAAGACCCAGGAGACGGUGGUGGACCUCGGCAUCAGCUUCCAGAUCUACGUAUUACAGGCGGGUGCCUGGCCCCUAACACAUAUCCCCUCCUCCACCUUCGCCAUCCCCCAAGAGCUAGAGAAGAGUGUACAGAUGUUUGAGUUGUUCUAUAAUCAGCACUUCAGCGGGAGGAAGUUGACCUGGUUGCACUAUCUUUGCACAGGCGAGGUGAAGAUGAACUACCUGUCCAAGCCCUACGUGGCCAUGGUGACGACCUACCAGAUGGCCGUGCUGCUGGCCUUCAACAGCAGCCUGACGGUGGGCUACAAGGAGCUGCAGGACGGCACCAAGAUGAACGAGAAGGAGCUCCAGAAGACCAUCAAGUCCCUGCUGGAUGUCAAGAUGCUCACCCACGACUCUGAGAAGGAGGACAUCGAACCCGAGUCCACGUUUUCACUAAAUAUGAGCUUCACGAGUAAAAGGACAAAAUUCAAGAUCACGACGUCGAUGCAGAAGGACACACCGCAGGAGAUGGAGCAGACGCGGAGUGCUGUGGACGAGGACCGCAAGAUGUACCUCCAAGCCGCCAUUGUGAGAAUCAUGAAGGCCCGCAAAGUGCUCCGGCACAACGCCCUCAUCCAGGAGGUCAUCAACCAGUCCAAAGCCCGGUUCAACCCCAGCAUCAGCAUGAUCAAGAAGUGCAUCGAGGUGCUCAUCGACAAGCAGUACAUCGAGAGGAGUCAGACGUCGGCGGAUGAGUACAGCUACGUGGCGUAGACUGAAACAGACAGAAAACGACACCGCGCAGAACAGAUGCCUGGUCGGGGAAGCACCCCCCCUACCAGACCGUCCAUCCAAGCUGACGGCGGACGCAAGGUUCAAAUAAUCCUCUAGGAACACAGAAAACACAAAAAGACAUCCUCAUCAUCAUCUGCAUCAUCGCCAUCAUCCUCAUCCAAUGGAUUUUGACUCUGGCUGUCCACGGAGGGGACCAAAGCAGGACUGGAGCCUCCGUCACUGGCUUGGCCGGUUGUGGGGGAAAGAGCAAGAGAGAGAGAGAGGGUGGGUCUCAGUGAUUCACGUUAGGCAGCAAACAGACACAAGCCCAACCGCCUCCAUCGAUAAUUUAGCGCCAUGGCCCCUCCACCCACAGUCUGUUUUUAUGCUGUUUACAACAUCACCAGUGCCACGCAAACCGUGCGUCAGUGACGAAAAAAAGUAAUGCCUAACAGCUUCUUGUGCAAAGGAGCUGAUUAAACACAUUAGAUUGACCUAACCAGGAUACGAAUAACUAAAUGAAAGAAACCGAUCUGGAGAGGAAUGGGAAAAGAGUGAGCUGUGUGGUGACUAGACACAUAAAACGUCUUUUUUUUCUCCUCCGUUUUGCAGUUGUUGUGUGUUUCCUUUUUUUAAUGUACCAGACAUAGAAAAAAUAUUGUAAUAAAACUGGUAUACUGACUAUUGUAUCUUCUUUAAAAUGUAAAGGAAAAAAUGAGGUGACAAACGAGAUUAUGCUGCUUGUCAAAUAAAUAAAUAAACAACACAGGGUUUUUUAUGUAAA